AGAUUUCUGUUAAUAUAAAGGAGAACGAACGAGCACGAUUUGUUUUAGAUAAAACUUGAAAACAUUCGUGCUGAUCGGAACUUUGUCUGGCUGUCAACAUGCUCAUCCUUGCAGUUACCGUUCUUGUUGCCGUAGUCAACGGCGCCCUCAUUAAGGACCAAAUUCAUGGCGGCGAAUGCGUCUGCACAAACACAGCAGGCGUCAACGCUAGAGAUGCAGCUGGUCUGAGCAGUCACGUGGUCGAGACGCUGGCGUCUGGCAGCUGUGGUAAGAUUAAUGGCGGCAUCCUGACGGCUGACGGCUACACGUGGUACCAGCUUCAAUAUGGCGGCCGGCUGAUCUGGAUAGCAGGAAACUAUUUGGACGUACACCCUGCCGCCUCUUGCACUGGACAGUGUCCAGCAGCUUCUAGAGCCAUGGCCUGUGCUCUCAUGGAGAAAGCCAAUGCCGGAAUCCUCAGCCUGGCCAAGGUCCAUCCGUCCGGUGUCCAGGACAACGCUUUCGCUUACAACAACAUCCGGGAUAUGUGCAACGGUCUCAAGGCAUCCAGAUCUAGCUACUCCUGCUCUACCUGUCCCACUGGUACACCUGGAGGCUCCGUCUGUCUGACACACAACCUGUUGAGUUACCUGACAACCCUGGUCAACAGGGGGCAUGUUAUCGUGAACGAACUGGCAGGUGCCUGCCACUCCUGUGGUUCCAGACAUUACAACGGUCAAGCCGUUGACCUCCACAACGACGCCAGGUCUAGCGAGUACCUCAGCACAUGCACGUGAGUGAAAUCUACACAGUAU